GGUCUUCCUGCUUAUCUCAAAUUGGCAAUUUUAGCUACCAUUAAAAUUAGCCUUAAACUUUGUAUAAACUAUUUCCACUAGACACUUUGGUCAAUCUACAGCCUAAAGGUCAUCUAUCUACAUGACAAAGAAGAGAGCGCAGAACAUGGUUUUGCGUCCUACCAGAAAUUGUUCAUUUAAUGGUCUCAAAUUAUUGGCAUUGGUGAAAAAUACCUAGUUUGAGCUGAUAACAUAACUAGUAGGCCUACUUGGUUGUUGAUCAAAGGGAAGAAAUAAAAAAACUCAUCCACAAAUUUAAGGCCCCAUAUCAACACGACCAACAGGCAUCAGCACCUGGCUUUGCCUAACUAACUUAUCAGUAACCUCUAAUUGUAUAAAUAAUCCCUCUUUCAUGAGCCUUUUCAUCAUCAAGCACACACAUUAUCUGUUAAGCCAUCAAAGUUCUCUAAAUUUGUUAUUUACUUUCUUGUUUCCAGUUUCACAUAAAAAGAAAAAAUGGCAAUGAUCAGUACCAAGAAACUUAUCAAAAUGGCUAGGAAAUGGCAGAAGCUUGCAGCCAAGCAGAGGAAGAGGAUCUCACUUACAAGAAAUGGUAGUGAUGCUGACGGUUGCAGUAUGUCCUCACCCUCUAUAGGCGGAAAAGGUCAUUUUGUAGUAUACACAAUUGAUCAAAUGCGCUUCGUGAUUCCCUUGGAUUAUCUUGAAAAUGAGGUCAUCAGGCAACUUUUAAUCAUAUCCGAAGAAGAGUUUGGCCUGUCAAGUGCUGGACCCAUUACAUUACCAUGCGAUUCAUCCUUCAUGGACUAUAUUAUUUCACUUAUCAAGAAUGGUGUAGCUGCAGGAGAUCUUCACAAGGCGUUGCUCCUCUCAAUUCCUUCAUGUUGCUGUUCAACUUCUUCUUUGCAGCAAGAAAGUCAAAACCAGCAACUUCUUGUUUAUUGAGUCAUGCUACCAUGUUUUGUAAAUGAUAGCUCAAACUAUAUUGUAUAUUAGGUGAAAAAUAGGCAAAUGAAAGCUUGUAGUAUUACAGAAUAAACCAGAUCUAUAGACCUCAUUUUUUCGA